AUGAUGUCCAUGGCCCAGACGACGCUGCGGGGCAGCUGGGGCAGCUGGGCGCGCCGCUACUGGGCGCCCUGGGCCGUGGUGCGCACCCCUGGGGUGCGCAGCCUGAUGGCGCUGUACCAGGAUUUCGCGUCCUACAAGAUCAAGACGCUGCCGCCCUGGAUAGGGGCCGCCGAGGCUGCGCAGCGUGUGCGCCUGCAAAGCGCGGCCAGCGGCAGCGCCGCGCUCACCGAGACCGACGACGGGCAGGCGCAGCUGCCAGACCUGUCUGACGGCGGGGUGCUGGGGGCGGACGAGCUCAUAGCGCUACUCCAGGUGGCGCUGGAGAUGGGGCGCACCCCGAUGCCCCGCCACCAGAUUUGGCGGAGCCCCUUCGCCGGCCUGCGGGAGACCAGCAUCCCGGUCCUGGCGCAGGCGAUCCUGGCCGUCUAUGGGCACGACGACGAGAAUGAUGGCGAUGAAAACACGCAGCCGCCGCCGCCCGGCGCGGACGGCGACGGCGACGGUGACGGCGACAGCGGGGCGCCGCCGCAGGGGGCGGGCCUGGCGCCGACAGCGUCGGGGCUGGCGCCGCUGCCGUCGGGGGCGGUGGCGGGGCCGGUGGUCAAGACAAAAGAUCUGCGGCUUGGGAGCAUGGGCGAGCGCCGCGGCGCCGGCGGCUUUGUCGGCCGCCUGGCGGAGCUGCGGCGCGGCAGCGACGCCCUCGCCCAGGGCGGCAGGGCGCUGUUCGGCGGCGGCGGCGGCGGCGACAACGAGCACCACGGCGCCCCGGGCGCGCACGGCGGGGGCGUCGGCAACCAGAUGCGCGCGAUGAUGCGGGAGCAGCGGCGGCUGGAGGACCAGAUCGUGCAGGCGAACAGGUCCACCCAGACGCUGGGCGACACGAUCAACCGGCAGCUGGCGGCACAGAAGCGGGUCAUGGUGGAUCACAACCGCCAGGUGGCAGAGUUGGCAGGCGUCCUGAAGAGCCUCGCCGACGCCGCGGGCAUCACCGGCGCCGCCGCCGCGCCGGGCGCCGUGCCCGGCAGCGGCGCGCUCGGCAGCAGAGCCACGCUGGGCGGCAGCAGCAGCCUCAGCGUCGCGGGCGGCACGUCCCUGCCGCAGGCCAAGACGGGCGGGUGGAAGCGCUCCACGUUUGGAACCAGGCAUCUGACCUCCGCCACGGCCGCCGAGGCGGCCGCAGCCAGCGCCGUUCCCGAGGACCCGUCCGCCCCGACCGCGGCGGGCGCGGCCAGCGGCGGGAGCGUCGGCGCGCCGCCCCCCGCCGGGGGCCCCCGCCUGCUGCCCGUGCCGGGCGCGGGCGGCGAGGCGGAGAUUGCGGGGCUGCGGCAGCGGCUGGACGAGCAGCAGAAGCUGCUCGAGGCAAUGAUGGAACUCCUAAAGAAACAAAAUUAG